AUGCCUGAAACUGACGCGUGCUUUGAGUUCGGGGACGAGGACGAGGACGGGAGUGAAGAGGUUCCCGUGGUGGGGGUGUCUGCUGUAGUGGGCGGGGGCGCGGCGCUACCCUGCGACGUGUACCACCCCCCGGACGAUGCCAUCACCCUCCUCCUGUGGUUCCGCGACCCUCUCACCACGCCCAUAUACAGGUUGGACAGCAGGCAGGCGGAGGAGAGUCAGUGGUGGGACAAGGGAAGGCUGGGAACGCGGGCGACGCUUCAGGUGGGCGGCUCGCUAGCCCUGCUUCACCUGGCGCCGCUCAACCCCCGCGACCAAGGCCUUUAUACCUGCAGGGCCGACUUCAGGAGCCAGCCGACCAAGACCACGCGCGUCAACCUCACACUAAUCGUGCCCCCGUCCAGCGUGAGCGUGGUCAUCGGGGAGUACGCGGAGGUCGAGGGGGGCGCCGCGCCGCUCCAGACAAGCUCCGUGGUGGGCCCCUACCUGUUGGGCGACGUGGUGCAGCUUACCUGUGUGGCCCAUGGAGGCAAACCUCGUCCUUGGGUGCUGUGGACGGAGGGGGCGAGGGUGCUGGACGAUGAAAUGGAGUCCGAAUCCUUUAACACCACCUCUGAUCCUCUCCUGGAACCUCUCAAUACCACUAGCGCACCCACCACGGACGGCCUCACCAGCAACACCAUGGCCGCCCUCCUCCUGCUGCCCGGCGCCCCUCCUGACGAGCCCCAUAACACGCUAACCCUGGGCCCUCUCACGCGCGCCCACCUGUUAAUGAAUGUUACCUGCAGCGCCGCCAACUCCAACCUGACGCAGCCUACAAUACUUCACUUUACCAUUGAGAUGAAUUUGCCCCCUCUCCGCGUGACCGUCCUGCCCCCCCAGUCGACCCCCCUGAUGGCGGGUCACACCUACGAGGUCACGUGUGUGGUGGUGGGCGCGCGGCCCCCCCCGGCGGUCACCUGGUGGAGGGGUCAUCAGCAGGUGCUCGAGGCAACGGUCAAGAGCUCCGAGGAGGGCAACAGCACCACCAGCCGCGCCUCCGUCACGCCCUCCGCCCGCGACGAUGGCUCUUUCCUCCGCUGCCUGGCCGAGACGCACGCCGCACCCGCCAAACUGGAAGACAUCUGGCCCCUCGACGUGCAAUACGUGCCCGAGGCGGCGUGCAGCUUCGGGGCGUCGCUGAACGUCGGCAACAUCAAGGAGGGCGACGACGUUUACUUCGAGUGUAACAUCGCUGCCAACCCAAGAGUCUCGAGGGUGUCCUGGCGCCAUCAUAACACGCCCCUGGUGCAUAACGUUACGGCUGGCAUCAUCAUCAGCAACCAGUCUCUCGUGUUGCAGCGCGUGGUGCGUCGCCAGGCGGGGCUGUACUCCUGCCUCGCCCGGAACGCCAUCGGGGAGACCGCCUCCAACCACCUCAGGCUGGACGUGAAGUACGCGCCCGUGUGCUCGCCCGGCCAGGUCACCACGUACGCCGUCGGUCGCUACGAGGACGCCGAGGUGACGUGCGCGGUGGACGCCAACCCCGCGCAGACCUCCUACCAGUGGACGUUCAACAACACGGCGGACACCAUCGACGUUCCGCAGGGCCGCUUCUCGUCCUCGUCCACCCACAGCGUCAUCACCUACACGCCCAUGACCUCGCUGGACUACGGCACGCUGCUCUGCUGGGCGGCGAACGAGAUCGGGAGUCAGCGAGUGCCCUGCGUCUUCCACAUCGUGCCGGCGGGUAAGCCGGAGCCGCCAGGUAACUGCACUGUGGACCAGGGCACACCUACCUCGGCCCGGGUCAAGUGUGUGGCAGGCGGCAGCGGCGGCCUUCCCCAGUGGUUCCUGCUCCGCGCCUCCCGCCAGGGCCGCCGGAGACAAGUCCUCAACCUCACCGCGGAGGACUCGCCUGAAUUCGCCGUGACGGGGCUGUGGCCGGGCGGGACCUACCAGCUGGCGAUCACCGCUGCCAACGACCGGGGUCACAGCGCCGCCGCCUACCUCACCCUCGCCAGCGGAUCCAACACGUCUCUCUACCACCUGCACGACGGUCCCUUUGAGGCGGAGGUGCGGGACGCGGGCAAGACUCUGGGGGCCGAAGGAGGCGGGGGCAGCAUAGGGGGAAGUCUCACACUGCUCCUCGACUCCUUGGCGCUCCCCUCCGUCCUGCUGGGUAUCCUCGCGCUUGCCUCCGUCCUCCUGCUUCUCCUGAUCCUUGCUCUCCUGAUGGCUACGCUCCGUCGCCGCCGAACCCCGCAGCUCCUUCCACUGACGGAGACUUCGCGCCCUCAGUCAGCGGCCAGCAAGGAAACCGGCAACACCCUCACGCACACCCCUGAUAGAGUUAGCACCUGUCUGGAGGAGGAGGAGGAGGAGGAGGAGAUGCAGCCACCUUCCGACAACAGCGACUCCAGUGAACGCGACGAGACGGGCAGAACACGGCUACGGGUAGACACUUACAUGGGCCGAGAAGUACCCAGGGCGGCGACUCUCCUGCCUCCUGAGCAGUACAAAUACGACCCACACCUUCCCCUUCUCUUCGCCGGGGAGGACAGAGGCGCCAGGGGUAGUACGAGGCCCCCAUCAGCGUCCCUUCACCACCAACUACCGCCGCCCCCACCGCCUGCGACCCGAACUGAUGGCUUUCCUUGUCCCGCCGUCUCCUCCUCCUCCUCCUCCUCCUCUCGUCUCCCUCCAGUUAGUGUUGCCAAGAUAGGCGUAAAGGUCUUGGGGUUUUGUUUUUAGUAUUGCCAAGUUUAGAAGUAUGUAUAGAUGUUGGUGG